AUGGCUGGCUGGUAUCUUAACUACCUUGGGAGGGUGUCCAUGAUGCUUCUGUUAGCAUGGGCCUCCACACGUCUCUACCACGAGCCAGAAGUGCGUACUUUCCUGUUUGCCACUGGAACAUAUUUCGCUUAUCUGAUGAACGCCUUCUUUCCCAUCGCGGUCUACCCCGCCAAAGACGCCCCUAAAUGGCGAAUUGGUGCGAAACUGUAUCUCGGUUUUGCGGUGUUCUCAACUUUGUUAUUCAUCAUCAUCUACUUUGCGUUCAAGUGGGAAGACAAGAAAACCAGGAACAGAAGCACGGUAGAGGAAUAG